AUGGUCGCGACCGCCGCGCGCAAGGCGCGCCGCGAGGCCGCGGCCCUCGCCGCGGCCGGCGGCGCCCCCGCCGCGGCCGCGCCGUCGCCCGCGGCGGCGACGCCCGCCGCGCGCGCGCUGACGACGUCGGCGACGAAAUCGGCGGCGAUUUCGUCGUCGUCGUCGCUCGCGCCGCGGAAGACCAUCGUCAAGGGCACGGGGAGCAAGUCGCAGGGGACGUACACCCCGCCCGCGAUCCUCCACGCGGUCGCGAACGCCGCGCGCAACAAGGAGUCCAAGGGCGGCGGGAAUGGCGGCGGGGGGGAUCGAACCGGCGGCGCCGCCGCCGCGAAGGCGGAUUGGGACUGCGCGAGUUGCGGCAAGAGCAACUUCGCGAAGCGGCGCGCGUGCUUCAAGUGCGACGCGCCGCGGCCGGGGCGGACGUUCACCGCCGCGGGGGUGAAGGGGUGGGAGAAGCGGCAGGCGAAGCGCGCGGCGAAGCAGCAGGCCGCGGGAGGAGGAGGAGGAGGAGAGACGCGCGACGACGACGACGACGCGGCGGCGGCGGCGGCGAGGGACGCGCGACCGAAGAAACCGAAGAAGACCAAGCUCUCGGACGACGGCGACGAGGACGAGGACGAGGACAAGCGACGAAAUGCCCGUCCGAAGCGCAAGAGCGUCAAGGCGAGCGACCGAGGUAAGGCGCCGAAGAAGCUGCGAGACCCGACCGCGCCGCUCGUCUACCUCGAAGCGUGGAUGGGCCGCGGCGAGCUCGACGCGUCCACGGGCAAGCCCGCGAACGGAUGGAAGCUCGAUAAGAACAUUCAGAACUGGCUCCUGCACAACGUCUUCGACGAGGGCGAGGUGGACGACGACGUGUUCGACAUCACGGUGAUGUACGCGGGGGGGUUGCGAGGGGGGCCGGCGACGCGGCUGCGGGACGCGGCGAGAGAGAAAAAUUUUGGCAAGGGCGUCGUCGCGGAGCGCGCGAGGAAAAUCUUGCGAGCGUUGGAGAAGAGCGCGAGCGAGAUGGCAGAAUAA